AUGGGACAAAUACCUCAGCAUCGAGUGACUACCUCUCGUCCUUUCCUCGAUACUGGAAUUGAUUAUGGUGGUCCAUUUGAAAUCAAAGUGCAUAAUCUACACUCCACUUCUAUCACCAAGGCCUACAUCUGUGCUUUUGUAUGCAUGGUGACAAAAGCAAUCUACAUUGAAGAAGUAACUGACUUGUCCUUUGAAGCAUUCAUUGCUGCUUUGAAGAGAUUUGUUUCUCGGCGUGGCCUCUGUAAAAACCUCUAUUCUGACUGUGGGACAAAUUUUGUUGGUGCUAACAAUAUCUUCCAGGCUCUUCUCAAAUCAAAACGAAUCCCACUUUCUGAGUUUGCUGCUCAUCAAGGCAUCGUUUUCCACUUCAACCCACCUGCUGCUCCUCAUCAGGAUGGCCUCUGGGGAGCAGCCAUCAAGAGUAUCUAA